AUGUCGUCACUGCUUGUGACCGACACUCGUCAAUUCCUCAAGGAUCGAGGGGAUGCAUGGGCCGGCCACGCGGCAUUAUUACCAAGCCCGCCGAGCGUCAAGGCGCGUCCGGCCGGCCUGCGUCGUCGGGAGAGAGGACAUCAUCUCAUGUUCUCUAGGGCGGUUUUCAUGGAUGGAUACUCCGACGAUGAGAAUACAGACGAGCUCAACCAAGCGCUCGUCGGCCGCGCCGCGCUAUCGGUUCGCCCCGCCGACGCCACAGGCCUGCCAGCCGCCCAACGGUCGCUAACGCUUCAUCUCGAAUCCGUCUAG